CGCCCCUCGUGCCGCUGCCGCCGCAGCCUGCCAGCCGCUCCGGUCAUGGUGCUGGGCCGCGGGCUGCUCGGCUGCUGGAGCGUCGCUGAGCUGGGAGCCGCCUGCGCCCGUCUCGGCCUGGGAUUGUAAGCCCUCGCUGACGCCGGCGGGCAGGCCGAUUGGGGUCGAGCAAAGGCCACCCAGCAGUUGAGUCAGCCUUUGAGAGGGCUGAAGACAGAGUGGGGUAACUUGUCAGCUGGGGGGUGCUAACGGAUUUGUGCUAGGUCCAGCCCUGCUGGGAAGCCUCUACCACUUGGGUUUAAGGAAGAGCUUGACCGUGGAUCAGGGCGCCAUGAAGGUGGAGUUACUGCCCGCUCUGACCGACAAUUACAUGUACCUGCUCAUUGAUGAGGACACCAAGGAGGCGGCCAUUGUGGAUCCAGUGCAGCCCCAGAAGGUGGUGGAAACGGUGAGGAAGCACGGCGUGAAGCUGACCACAGUGCUCACCACCCACCACCACUGGGACCACGCUGGCGGGAACGAGAAGCUGGUCAAGCUGGAGCCUGGGUUGAAGGUGUACGGGGGUGAUGACCGGAUUGGGGCCCUGACUCACAAGGUCACACACCUGUCCACACUGCAGGUGGGGUCUCUCAGUGUCAAGUGCCUGUCGACGCCGUGCCACACUUCUGGACACAUCUGUUACUUUGUGACCAAGCCCAACAGUCCUGAGCCGCCCGCUGUGUUCACAGGUGACACCUUGUUUGUGGCUGGCUGUGGGAAGUUCUAUGAAGGGACAGCAGAUGAGAUGUACAAAGCCCUGCUCGAGGUCCUGGGCCGGCUCCCUCCAGACACGAGAGUAUACUGUGGCCACGAAUACACCAUCAACAACCUCAAGUUUGCUCGCCACGUGGAGCCCAACAACACUGCCAUCCAGGAGAAACUGGCCUGGGCCAAGGAGAAGUACAGCAUCGGGGAGCCUACGGUGCCAUCCACCAUCGCCGAGGAGUUCACCUACAACCCGUUCAUGCGCGUGAGGGAGAAGACGGUGCAGCAGCACGCGGGCGAGACGGACCCCGUGACCACCAUGAGGGCCAUCCGCAAAGAGAAGGACCAGUUCAAGGUGCCGCGCGACUAGGCGGCUGCGGGCCUCCCGGGCACUCAGAUGUGCCGGGUGCCUCUCCGGCCAGGACUGCAGGAAGCUCAGUCUCAGUUUAAUUUUAAAUUAAUUGCAGAGCGCUUUGCUUGUGUUAUCAAAUGUUCUAAUGCAUAUUUAUAAGAGAAGAAGUUUAGAAAGUGUUUA